CAAUAGAAGGAAGCUGGAACGUAAACAGACUUGCAGCUGUUAUUUGCUGACGAUUAUUCAUUGUUGUGAUAUGUGAUUUAGGAAUCUUAUUUCUAUACAGUCAUAAUAACUAUUUAGACUUUGAUUUGUUAAAUUUAUUUGUUUUAUUUAUUAAUAGCAUUCUUAUAAGUUCAACAAGAUCUUUUCAACUUUGUAAGGACAUCGUAAAUAACAACAAUGGAUAGACACGAUUCCGGUUAUGAGAGAAAUAUGCCGAUGAAUGGGAGACGAGGUCCACCUAUGCAGAUACAGAGGCAGAGGGGAGAACCACAAGCUGCUCACUCACCUCAGCAUGAAGAGCUCAUCAAAUAUAUAUGUGAUUCUUGGAACAAAGUGUGUAGAGAAAUGCAGCAGACCGGUCCUGGUGCUCCGCAAGUAGGGUACUACCACGGACCAACUUGCCAACCCAAAGGUUUCAAGCCCUUUGACUUGGAAGCAUGGUGGGGAAAACGAGUGGUUCAAAACAUAACCCAAAACUCAUGAACUUGCAAUCGAAACCUAUCAAACUUUGAUAUGACACCAAAUUCUGCUAUACUUAGCAGUAAAUUAGAUUAAGUUUUUCUAUUUUUCCGUAUUAUUUUAAAGUAUUAAGACUUUUGUAUACCUACUAGUACGCAAAUGUGAAUUGAAUUUUAGGUUUUUCUACUCGCCAACCAAGUGUUUCAUAAAUUACUGUCAAAAGGAAAUACAGUCCAUACCAGGUCUACAAAACUAGAUAGGUAUCUCUUGCAAACUAAUCUGUCUGCAGCAAACUAAUUUACAUUAAUCUUGGGAAUUAGAAAAGAUUGUUUUAGAUUAUUUUGGAGCUAGUAAGCAUAUCAUAAAAAGAGAAUAGUGAGUUGGUACUUCAUGUUUGAUCAGAAUUUUUUUCAAUUUUCCUUGCAGGGACCAACAUAGAGAUUGUUCAAGUACAAAUCAUAUUUCAUUUUAUUGUUGUAGACUUUCACUCCUUUUAUUUGGUUCAAACACUUAUUCCUUUUCAAGUUUAAAAUACACCAUUAAAUGUUUCAAAUUUUGAAAAUUUAAUGUGUAGAAUACUCUGUAUUUCGAGUAGAUUUAUUAAAAGAAUACAUAUUUCUAACUUUUGAAAUAAAUCAAAACUAUUAUGUAUUAUCUUAUUCCAAUACAUGAAAUCGAAUGAGGUAUAGAUCAUAAGCACUAUACCUCACCUAUACGUUCAGUAUUUAAAAAAAAUUAUAUCUCUUCCUUAGUUGCUGAUCGAUUUUUUCUUUUAAUUUUUUGACAAUAUAUAAGAAUUUUUGCGAUUUCAAUAUUAUUGCAACACUAUCUGCCUCAUUAAACAUAAUGCUACUCCUGAUAUAUUAUUAUCUCCCAGUAAUAACUAUA